CGCGGCCGGGUAUCUUCGCGCCAGUUUCGAGGGGAUCCAACUCGCUCUGGUGGUCGGCAUAUGUGGAGGAGCUCCGUUUGGGAAGGAGCGAAAGGAGGAAGUCGCACCGACCCUGAACAGCAGAAUUCUUUUGGAGAAACGCCAAUGUUAUGGGCUGCGCAGUAUGGGGACGAGGAGGCAGUGAGGAUGAUGCUUGAAAAAGGCGCGCACCCUAAUGUGGAGACAAUUUCGGGACAGAUGGGAAUGCUGCUGGUGACACAACAUGGACGGGAAGGAGUGGUGAAAGUUGUUCUUAAGAGGGCAUUGAUCCAAACUCCAAGGAUCCCUCUGGCCAGACACUCAUUUUGACGGCUGCACAAAAUGGACAUGACAGGGUUAUGAAGGUUCUUCUUGAACAAGGCGUUGAUCCAAAUUUCACAGGUCGCUCUGAAACACCGAUUCAUGGGCUGCAAAAAGGACAUCAGGGGGUAGGUAGAGCGACGGUUGAGAAUGGUGUUGACGUUAAGUCCAAAGACGGUCCCUUGGGCCAGACACCACUAUCGAUUGCUGCAGGGAGGGGUCAUGAGGCUGUAGUAGAGCUGCUACUUGAGUGCGGUGCUGACUCUGAGUCUCGGGGUGUUUACGAACAGACACCACUACUAUGGGCUGCAUGGAAGGGGCAUAGUAUGGUAGUGAAGCUCCUUGGAAAAUGCGUUGAUCCAGACCCCAAAAGCUGACUUGGCCAAACACCACUAUCAUGGACGUUGGAGAAUAGACAUCUCAAGGUUGAACUACUGCUGCUCAAGGCAGGUGCUAAGCCGUUAUUAAAGCCUGAUGAGAGAUACUGGCAGAGUUCAGUUCUAAAAGAAAGAAUUAAC